AUGGAGAUAAACUUGGUCCAGUAUCUGCUGAGCCUGUCGGCCCUAUUUACAUUACAUUUGGGUAAGAGCUACUCGCUCGGAAACAGAAAGUUGCUUCCGGUUCAGGGUCCCACAUCCUGUCCAUUGCCCCCAAAAGUCCGUGGAUUUGUUUGUCCACGGGAUUGAGGGCGUUCGGGAUGGACAGAACGCGAGAUUUUUGGCAUCCAUAAGAUACGAUGACAUAUAAUAUUGCAUCAUGAAUACCUGGGCAGAGUGAUUGAACCGGAAACUGCCAUUCCGUUAUCCAAACACUAUCCACAAAUGCAUAAUAUAAACAAAGUCAGCGCAGUGAAUUCGUAUUAUUUUAGCCUCCUCGUUGAAAUGCAUUCAAUGUGACCGUCGGGGAUCCUGGUAUACCCCCGAGGAGACAGAGCAGCACGUUCAGCGAUGUCAGGAAGGGAUGAUCACCCCCACUGAAUGCCAGAAUUCCACUCAUACGCAUUGCAUCUACAGCUAUUAUCGGCAGGGCGUCUCCAACGGUAUGUUUUUACGGCCCUGCGGGGAUAUCGGGGUUUAAUUAAAACGCCGUCGGAAUUAAUCUUGAAGCUUCAGGCGGGGUUUUUAAUCUGUCAAGGGGAAUGGUUGCAUAAUUACUAACAUUGCCUCAGGGUCGGAAGACAAUAGAAGCUUGGCUGGGAAUUAUUUUGCAUAAAAUAAAAUAAAUUUUGAUUAAAAAUGAUAGCCGGAUGCGGGAAAGAAAAUUCUUUGAUAAACAGAAUUAGCAGACAUCCAAAUCAAAAUUUUGAUUUUAGAGAUCACAGUAACCGAACGAAAAUGUGGAGUUGAGUCAGACGUUCUCGGCUGCACCCUCUACAAGAGCUCCCGCAAAAGAAUGAAGCGACAUUUCCUCGAAUCCAACCAGAAAUCUGGCCAGAAACGUCGAGAUACCGACACUUUAUUUGUUGAAGUAUGUACUGAGGGAUGUCAAGGGGAUGGUUGUCUAAAUUCAGCCUCCUCUUGGACAUUUUCCUUACUCUUAA